AUGCUGAAGGCUGCGACGAUUCGCGAGUUUGACAGCAACCGUCGCUCCAAACGAGCUCCCGCGCGAGGUCGUCACGAAAAAUCACCCAAUGGCAGUCCCUCGAGCUCUCCGACUGCAGCAGCAGCGACAAAAGGAGGAACUGCGAGCUCGGAAGGUUUCACAGCGGCGAAGGAACGUGGUGGUGGUCAAACUACCCAUAGUCACGGCCACAGUCACGCACACAGCCAUGUCCAUCACCAUCAUUCCCACUACAAACCAAAAUGGGCCACUCGUGUGACUCCGUUAACGCAGGAGGAGAAGGACGAGCUGGAGGUGGCGAAGACCCCAGGCCUGCUCGCACCCAUGAGCAUUUCAGUCAGGCAAAUGCCCGACAAUCCCGAGGAGUUUGAGAACCUUGGCUCCAUGCGCACGCGCUAUUCCCCCGCCCUCAUCUACCACCUUCUCAGAAACUUCGAGGAUGCUCCACGUGUAUAUAAGAACAUCGCCCACUGUGACGUGGACCCACUGGAAGAGCCUGGCACCUUUAGAGUCACACAGCACAUCAAGUGGCGGUUUCUGUUUCUCUCUGGCACAUUCGCCACCACACUCAUCUGCCAGCGCAACGACGCUACUAGAUCAGUCAACUUCAAGCUGCCACGUGAGGCUGUGAUUCCGAUGGCGGCUCUCGCGUCCUCCGCGUCUCUUCGCCUCACUGCAGCGCCGCUUGCGGGGAAAACCCAGGCGCGCCUCAGCUCCGCGCAAAGCGAGCUCGCUGGACUUUCGCAAGGCCUUGCGAACAUGUCGGUGUCUCGCUCAUCCGCACAACCUGCCGUUAGCCGCGUCGUCACGCCAGUCGCAAAGCGAGUGUGCGACCUGACAGGCAAGAGGCGCAACAACGGCUAUUCAGUGUCUUUCUCGAACCACCGCACCAAGAAGGUGCAGCAGCCCAACCUGCAGUACAAGCGCGUGUGGUGGGAGGAGGGGCAGCGGUACGUGCGCCUCAAGCUCAGCACCAAGGCCAUCAAGACACUCGAGUGGAAGGGGCUGGAUAAGAUGGCCAAGGAGGCUGGCAUUGACCUUAGCAAGUUCUGA